UCUCAUUCAAACUUCUGCCGUCUCUUCCCCUCUUUACCUCGCCAUCCCCCUGAAGCAAGGAAACCUGAAUGUUUUUAUGACGUUAUACCUGUCUGGAGCUGUUUUGUGCAGUUUGAGCAGAUGUUUUGGCGGUGAUAAAAUUAUAAAUUGUUUAGUAUAUUAAUGGUGCAGUAUGGAAUCCCGAAGAGAAAGAAUUAUUGUUUUAGUGGAUAUGGAUUGUUUCUAUGUACAAGUUGAACAAAAGCUCUGCCCAGAGUAUCAAAAUAAACCUUGUGCUGUUGUUCAGUAUAAUACUUGGAAAGGUGGAGGUAUUAUUGCUGUGAACUAUGAGGCACGUGCAAGAGGGGUCAAGCGAAUGGGACGAGGAGAAGAUGCCAUCAAACAGUGUCCUGAUAUUCACCUGUUUAGGGUUCCUGAAGUGAGGGGUAAAGCAGAUUUGACUCGAUAUAGAGAAGCUGGGGCAUCCGUUAUAGAAGUUCUUUGUAAAUUUUCUGAUUCUGUUGAAAGAGCUAGCAUUGAUGAAGCAUACAUAGACUUAACUGAAGUUAUAACUGCACGUAUGGAAAAUGAUAUUCGUGUUACUGCUGAUCAGAUACCAAAUACAUUUGUGGUUGGAUGGGAAGAUAAGGAGAAUGAACAAGGUGCAGUUGAAAAUUGGCUUCAAAUGAUUUAUGAAGAAGACCAUCUAUAUCAUGAUAGAAUGUUGGCAACAGCUGCUGUAAUUGUUGAAGAAAUGAGAAAAGCAGUGCUUGAAGAAACUGGCUACAAAUGCUCUGCUGGUAUUGCACAUAAUAAGAUGCUUUCUAAAUUGUCUUGUGGUCUCCACAAACCUAAUAAACAGACUGUGCUGCCACAAUCUUCUAUUCCAUUAUUAUAUAAAACUAUGCCUAUAAAGAAGGUGCGGAAUUUAGGUGGAAAAUUAGGUGACCAUGUUAUGGAAAAGUUUAAUGUGAAAACUAUGGGAGAUCUUUGGAACUUGCCAAAAACACAGUUUAUUAAUGGCUUUGGAGAUAAAACUGGUAACUGGCUGUAUAAUGUCUCCAGAGGAAUAGAAAAUGAACCUGUAACUCCGAGGCAACUACCAAAAUCUAUUGGAUGUGGCAAAAACUUUCGUGGAAAAUCGUGUCUUGAUACAAAAGAAAAAGUGUUUCAUUGGGUGAAACAGUUAGCAAGUGAAUUAGAAGAAAGGUUACUAAAAGACCUGGAAAGUAAUCGAAGAGUUGCUCGCUUGUUGACUGUAUGUGUGCGAACUACAUCAACCCCUGGCUAUUCCACUAUUUCCAGAUCUUGCCCUAUUUAUGUGUAUAACUCUGAUAAGAUAGCCCAUGAUGCUUUUGCUGCUCUUCAGAAAUUGAACACAUCAUCAUCUUCUUCAUGGAAUCCUGCAAUUUUGAGUCUGGCAAUGGUAGCUGCUAAAUUUGAAGAUAGGCUCGAUACGUGCACCAGUGAUAUUCAGUCUUAUUUCAACAAUGCUACUAGCCCAAGCAAAAAAGUUGGCAAUUCUUCUACUGAUCCUACAUCUGACAUUGACACUGUUCUAGAUCUUAUGGAUAAUGAGCCUGGUUUGGCAAAAGACAUUACUAAUCAGAAUAAUGAUGCUGAGUUAAAAAGGGGUAUGUUGUGUGCAAAAUCUAGUCGUAAACCAAAAGAUAUAUCUAGUUUCUUUUCUACUCAAGUCUCUGGUACAUCAAGGACAGACUCUGAAUUUAGUGAAAAGGUAUUGAACAAACAAAUAUCUUUAGAAUCCAAUCAUGUGACUGGAAAUAGUGAAGAAGUGAAUAGUUCUGUAGCAGAUACAACUGUUCCGGCAAAAGCAAAUAUUUCAAAUGACAGUGUGGGUCAAAAGCCCAAAGGAUUUUUUGCUAAGAAAUUAGAAGAAAAAUCAAAUUCUGAAGUUAACAAAAUUAACUUGGAUUCUAGUUCUAAAAAUGACAUGCCAGAUACUGAUUCAGCAGUAAGUGAUGUAUCAGCUUUAAGCCAUGACGCUUCAACAUCGUGUGCCGAAAGCAGUUCUUUAUCAGAAAAUUCAGAAUUGGAUCCUGAAUUGACUAAUUUGUGUUCAAAGUGCAAUCGUAGAAUCCCUAUUUGGGAAGAAGAAGAACAUGCAGAUUAUCACUUAGCUUUUGAUUUAUCAAAAGAACUUAUGAAAGAAUCAGUGGUUAAGAAAAUUUUGCCAUCCAGCAGCUCAGUAAAGAGUAGAGGUGGGAAACUAUCCAGUAGAGGCAGAAAAAGAGGAAGCACAACCAAACAGACAUCAGCCUCCAAAAAACCAGUUCAAAUGAAUACUUUGGAUUCUUUUUUUAAAAGCUCUUGAUAUUGCAUUUAUAAGUGAAUGAAAUUGCUUUUUUAUAUUUAAUAACUUAUUUAUUAUUGUCAUUUUACAUUUUAUUGAUAUUUUCUUAAUGAAUUCUUGUUAAAAUUUACUAGUUCACAAAACUGAAAGAUUUACAAUUUAAUUGAUAUUUAUAGGAAUUGCUUCUCCCGGUGUAAGUUAUUUUUAUGUUUUUAUGUAUAAUUUUAAUAUAUUUAUGACUACUUAAUAGGAACUGCAAAUAAUUUUACACCUAUUGUUGUGUAAUGGAAUAAUGAACUAGAAAUAAUCUAUAUUUAUGAAAUGGUUCAUUUUAUAUAAAAAUUUGCACUUUACAUAAUUUUUUUUUAUUUAUACAUGGUAUAAAACAUUUUAAAAUGAAAACAUAAAUAUAUUAAUGCAAUUUAUUCAUUACUUAAUAUACCGUAGUAUUGUAGUUGUUUUCCCGAGUAACACUUCACGAUGUCAAUUAUUACAAUUCCUUUUGUUUAUUAUAGCAUUUAUUUAAUAAUUGUUUUCAAAUAUAUUGAACAAAUACAGCUAAAAGAUCUGCCAUAAUUUGGAAGGAUUGUAAUUUUCUUAGUAUGAGUUGCUGUAUAAGUAGAACUCAAUUGUCCAAACUUCAGCUAUCCAGAAUUUUUUGUUAUACCCCCAUCCCCUUCCUCCUCAUGCAAUAUCUUUCCAAGUAAAACUGAAUCAAUAUAAUAAAACUGGCUUUGAUUGAUAUGUUCAAGCAGUAAUAUUUUAAUACAAUAUGUAAGUAUUCAAGGGUAAACAUUAUUGUUUUUUUUUCAGUCAUUAAAUUAAUAUAUAAAAGCAAAUUUAAUUGGUCUAAUAAAUAACAUGCUUUAUUCUGUCAUUCUGUGUAAUUAAUUCUGCUGCUAAUUAAUUAGAUGACUGAACCAAAUUAAGUAAUUUUACUUAGAGAGCAAUUAUUUGUUAAAUUGAUAUAUAUUUAAAAGAAUGUUAUUUUUACAAUUUAAUGCUUGAAGUACAACAUACAACAUCAACAAAAGAAAAAAGUCUGAACCAUCUUCUUUUAUUAAAGAGGAAAAGGAAGGGGGCUAGAAAAUUUUUCAAUAAUCUUUUGAGGCCUUGAUUUUACAGUAACUAGAUUUUAAGCAUACGUUUCAUAAUUUGGUUGGAAAAAAACAUUUUGUAACUCCUAUCUGUAUAUCAAUAAAUGCAUUAUUUUUAUUACUCUAAAUGUAUACAUAAGCAAAAAGAUGAAAUAAGAAAAAAAUCUAUCUCAUAUUAGUAAUAUAUAUAUAAUAUAUUAAAUGCAUAUAUUUUUAAAAAUUUUAACAAGUUUUAAAUCAAAUUGCAGUUAUUAGUUAUUUUUGCCCAAUAAUUGAAAAACUUAUAAAUGUUUAUCUUUAUAUCAACGUUUUCUUGCCUAUUUCAUGUAUUUGAUGCUCCUUUAAGUUCAUGACACAUAGCUUAUGGAGCUCUAUAAUAUUUGCACUGCACUAUGGCAUUUGUUUUCAUUGCAGCUUUUAGAGCUUUUAAAAGAUACUUUAUUAUUUUGUUGUUUACAUAUAAUAAUGUUAAAUAUUUUUGAAUUUUAAUGUGAAUUCACUGUAUUUAACACAUUUGCUUGUCAUGCCUCCUGCCUGUUAUAUAUUUAAUUAAAUACCCCCCCCCCCCUCCUUCUCUGCUAUCUGUUAUUUGUAAUAGAGAAGGAGUCUUUUAAUUAUAAGACAAGUGUGAUCAUGUGUGAGUCAUAUGACAAUCAUUGUGUCAAACUUUUUUGUGAGUAGAAAUAUGUGCAUCACUGCAAGUCUUAAAUUAUUUAAAAUAGCUCUCUGCAUUGAAUGAUGUUACUAUUCUCUUUCUGUAAUAUUUUACAUUUCAUAAUUUAAACAAUUCUAAAUUAAUUUUUUUUUGAAAAUAUUAAUUUUUUUAAGUAUUCACUUAAAUACUAAUAUGAUAAAUAUUUAAAUAUUCAUUUAUCAGUAUUUAUAUAUCGUACUUAAGUUAUGUUUUGUUUAAAUCAGUGAUUUGUUAAUCAUGAUAAUGAUGAACAAUUAGCUAGCUUGCAAUAUUAUUGGAAUAAAAAGGCUAAUUUUGAUUAACUAGUCACAAGAGGAAAAAUCACUAAAUAAUUUAUACCUGUCGCACAAAAAGAAAAGAAAGAGUUAAAUUAUUUGUGACCUUCCCCUUGCUUCCAGCUAACCAAAAAGUGCUAUAAAAACUACAAUAGACUCUCUCUAAUCUAAUGCAUACGGGACUGGACAUUUAUUGCAUUAUAAAAAGUCUGGAUUACAGAGAAUAAUGGAGACAUUUCUGAAUUAUACAGAUGCAUUUUUCUAUGUGUGGGAAACAAAAUAACAGUAUUUUAAGGAGAAAAUAUAUAAGGAGAUAUAAAUAAUAGCAUGUUAGACUAACAAAUCAUAAAGGUUGAGGGAGGGGCUUAAACGGGAAAGAAUGACUCUUGAGCAAAAGUGGAUCAGACUAGUGUGAGUGUUUAGAGAGUAUAUUGUAAUAUCAAAAUUAUUUUAUAUCAAUAUUUUUUUUUUCCUUGGAAACAAAAAAUUUGGACAAAUGUUUUGAAUGUUUAUGUACUUGAUAUGUAAAAACAUUCAUGUGUGAGACUGCAUUAAAAUGAAUUUUAGUUUAAA